AUGUUCAAGACAGCGAUGCCCUUCGAGGGUCUGGCUGUAGCAGUCUUUGUUGUAUGUAUCUUCAUGGCCGGCUUAUCGAUCAUUGCUGUGCUAUUGAGGUGCUUUGUGAGGCUGGGCCUCGUUCGUGGUGCAUUCGGCUGGGACGAUGCACUAAUGAUUGUCGGGUUGGUUUUGUUCAUUGGUCUCAACUCAUGCUGCGCAUUUGCAGCCACAGAGGGCGUGGGGCAUCAUGUCACCGAGUUUCCGAACCCGGAUAUCUACAAAGAGACUCUUUGGAAAUGGUGGCUCGGACAGCAACUCUAUCUAUGGUCCUCCGCCGUCGUCAAGAUCUCAAUCGCAUUCGCCCUGCUGCGACUAGCGGUGAAACAGUGGCAUCGCGUUAUUCUUUGGUCUAUUGUGAGCACUGUGAUAGUUAUCGGCCUGUUCUUUUGGCUCGUCCUUCUCUUUGACUGCAACCCUGUCCAGUAUUUCUGGAACAGACUGGACCCGAAUUAUCAAGGAAGUUGUCUAUCUACAAAAAUCCUGUUGGAUGUUGCCUACACCUACAGCUCGGUCACGAUCCUCUGCGACUUCACCCUGGGGGGCUUGCCAAUCCUUAUGGUUUGGUCGUUGCAAAUGACCUACCAUACAAAGAUUGCCGUUGGAACAAUCUUGGGUCUCAGGCGCCAUCAUCCACUGACUGCUAGUAGCGCAAGUGUGGCCGUCGUGAUCCGGAUGCCUUUUCUGCACCACUACGAGGACGCCGAUUUCCUUUAUUCAACCACCCAGAUCAUCAUCUGGUCAGUCAUCGAAACCGGACUCGGGAUCAUCGCCGGCAGCCUCAUCACCCUUCGCCCACUAAUCCGCUGGUGCACCGACGGCCGAGUAGGCCAGCCUGUCUCCGAGAACAAGAAAGCCAAGCUCAGUGAUCCAGCCUCCUCUCUGCCCCUCACCAGCCCGGAGAGCUACCCGCUUCCAUCCUCCCAGCCAGACCAUAUAUGGGCUUGCCCCAACUGCUACUACCCACUCGCAGCGCGAAUCUCGCCCCAGUCCAUCUCAAUCUGGCCAUCGAAAACGCCUGUGCAUACACCCCCACCAAACCAAAUCUUGAACCCGAGCCAAAGCUUGGAAGAGUUGAACCCCUUGGGCUACGACGGCCGUGACGUUCCUUUCACCCAUAACAGAACCAGUCCGCUCUCCAUAGUCUCGUCCAGACUCUCCUCUGUAUUCAGGGGGACACCAUAUCGUUGA